GGGAAAACGAGAUAAACAUUGGAAAUGAUCAUGGUAACGCUUGCCGGCCGGCGUGGUUUUAAAUUUAUUGCAAUAAUAGUGUGUAUUUUCUUAUCAAUACAACUUAUAAAAUGCAAGAAAAGCAAUUCUCGUAACUUAAUUGAAGAUGUGAUUGAUGCCAAAGAGUUGAAGAAAUUGUGUCGGACGAAAAAUAAUGUUUUGAUAUUAUUCACUAAAGGCACUAAAGAAAGUAGUGAGCUUUUGAAUAUUUUCUCCAAAGCAGCAGAAGAAAUCAAAGGUCAAGCUACUCUUGCUAUAGUCGACUGCUCUGGAGAAGCUAAGAAAUUAUGUCGAAAGUUAAAAAUUUCUCCAGAACCCCAUAUUUUAAAGCAUUAUAAAGAUGGUGAUUUUCAUAAAGAUUAUGACAGAAAACAUACAGUACAGUCAAUGGUCAAUUUUUUGAAGGACCCAUCUGGAGAUCUUCCCUGGGAGGAAGAUGAUCGUGGGAAAGAUGUUCUUCACAUUUCAGAUGCAAAUAUAUUAGGCAGGUUAUUGCACAGAGAAAAAAUGCCAAUUAUGGUAAUGUUUUAUGCCCCAUGGUGUGGCUUUUGUAAGCGAUUGAAGCCUGAAUAUGAAGCUGCAGCUGCAGAAUUAAAGUCACAAUCUAUCCUGGCUGCUAUGGAUGUCAAUAAACCAGAAAAUGCUGUAGUACGACAGCAUUUUAAUAUUACUGGCUUUCCCACCCUUUUAUAUUUCGAGGCAGGCCAACUCAAACAUAAGUAUGAUGGAGAGAAUAACAAAGAAAGCAUCAUAAACUUCAUGAAAAACCCAGAAAACCAACCUGAAAAGCCUAAAGAAGUUGAAUGGUCUGAUACUCCAAGUGAUGUUGUUCAUUUAACAGAUGAUUCAUUUGCAUCUGUAAUGGAAGCAGAAUCAUCUGUACUUGUCAUGUUUUAUGCCCCUUGGUGUGGACACUGCAAAAAGAUGAAACCUGAAUAUACAGCUGCUGCAGCAAGUUUAAAAGAUCAAAAUAUACCUGGAGUACUUGCUGCUGUUGAUGCAACAAAAGAAAAGACUUUAGGAGAACGUUUCAAAAUAAAUGGUUACCCUACAGUGAAAUAUUUUGUGAAUGGGGAAUUCAAAUUUGAUGUCAGUCUUAGAACAGCCGAUAAAAUAUUAGAAUUUAUGAAAGAUCCAAAAGAGCCUCCCCCUCCUCCCCCUCCUGAAGUUCCUUGGAGUGAAGAGUUAAGCAAUGUAGUUCAUCUAACUGAAGAAGAUUUUAAGCCUUUCUUGAAGCGCAAAAAACAUGUUCUGCUUUUAUUCUAUGCACCAUGGUGUGGUCACUGCAAAAAAGCAAAACCAGAAUUUCAAGCUGCCGCUGAAUACUUUAAAGAUGAUCCAAAGGUUGAAUUUGCUGCAUUGGAUUGUACUGCUCAUAGUAGUGUAUGUAGUGCUUAUGAAGUAAAAGGAUAUCCUACCAUAAAAUAUUUCAGUUAUUAUAAAGUUGAAAAGCCAUAUGAAGGAGGGAGAAUAGAAAAAGAUUUUGUUGAAUACAUGAAAUCUGCUGUUGAUGGCACACCUUUGCCAACUCAACCACCACCACCCUCACCUGAAGUAUGGUGGUCUGAAUUACCAAAUGGAAGUCAUGUGAAAGUUUUGUCUGAAGCAGCAUUUGAGAAAGAAAUUGGUUCCAAAGAAUCUGCUCUUGUUAUGUUUUAUGCACCAUGGUGUGGCCAUUGUAAAGCCAUGAAACCCGCUUUUGCAGAAGCUGCUGCCCUUUUAAAAGAGAAAAAUCCAAACUGCUUGUUAGCUGCAGUAGAUGCUACAGUUGAAAAUACUCUUGCUUCAAGGUACUCUGUGAAAGCAUUUCCUACUAUAAAACUCUUCAGGUGAGUAACAGUUAUGUUCAUAUUGUGGGUAAGUUUUGAUUUUGUUUCAAUGGAUUUUGAGGAGAACAGGCAAGUUUUUGAGGAGUCAUUAGUGUUUAGCCUUUUA